AUGGCUCCCACUGCAAUGUAUCUCUCUGAGGAUAUCUCAGAUCAGAUUUCUUCCAAGAAAAUGGGUCUGGAUAAGUCCCACAUGUUUGACUUGAACCACAAAGGUUCUACGCCCGAGGUCAGCCUCCACGACCUGGCCGUCCAGGCUCCUGUCCAGUCACGCGGAGGCUCUACCACUCUUGAGUCUAAUGGUCUUAAAUCAUUGCAUGGUUUUGGGCUAGGAUCCAAGAAAUAUGAGCUUCAUACGUCCAGCUCGAUGGGCUCUCUGAGUGGGUCAGCCGCUGGACGCCACAAGAUCAGUGGUGUGUCUAGCGCCCUGGCCAUGGACUCCCAACGCAUCGAGUUCUCGGAGGAGCUCUCGGCCAGGGAGAAAAGCCUGUUCAUGGAGACGGUCGAGGCCAUGGAACAACUCGCUCACCAGAGUAGUUCAAUGAAAAGCCUAUUCGCCACCAUGACAGCGGAGCGGAGGGACAUUGUGGUUACUCUGAAGCAGUACUACGCUAGGCUCGACAGAUUGACCCUGCUCAUUCAGGAAUUGGAGGAAAAGCAGAAGAAGCUGAAGCGUGAAAACGAAUCAGGUAAAACUAGCAUGUUGAAGCUCACCUUUAAGCUGAAGGAGGCAGAGACCAGUAUCGAUACGUACAAGGACAAAGUUCGAGAGCGUGAGGGCACAAUCAGCAAGUUUCAGAUUGAACUUGAGAAGACCCAGAAUGAGAUUGAUGAGAUCCGCAAAACGCAUACCAUGAAAGAAGCCGAAUGGACAAGGACUCAGGGAACAAUCGAGGCCGUCGAGCGAGAGAGAGACAUUGCCCAAGAAAUCAUAAUUGACCUCAGAGCGCAACUCGACAAGUACAAGGAAAACGAGUCCAAGAUGCAACAGAGCAAUCUUGUGGUCACUGAGAAGAACGAAAUCCUGAGAAGGGAGCUCGAUCUUGUCAGGGGACAGCUUACUACCUCGGAACGCAUGAGUGAUGAGUUAGCCCACAUGAAGCGUGGCUUGGAAGAUGAGAACCGCACCAAGCAGAGCAGGAUCAAGGAUCUCGAGACCAAGCUGGAAGAGGCCAAUGAGCAGUACGAACAAAUUAUGGAGUCAUACAAUGAGGUUCAGAGCGUCAAUGUGACGCUCAAGAGCCAGAAUUCGAUCCUCGAGCAAAAGGUUAGGUACUUGAAGCAGGCUCUGCAAGACACCAAUAAUAAGCUCGAGGAGGCUCAGCGCAAGGCCGAGAAUGCUUCCAACACGGUAGAACAUCUUACCAGCAAGCUCGCAAUGGCGCAAAAGGAGUGCGAGGCCCUCCGGGUCGAAAUCACCAAGAUGUCGGAGAAGGUCUCGAAGAAGCAGGAAGAGCUUCGCAUCGCCAUUAAUGAAAAGGAGCGCAUCCUGCAGGAAUACCGCCGCGAGAUGGUCAAGUCCGAGGAAAGCAACCGCAAGGUCGCUGCUCUGGAAGAAUCUCUGCGCCGCGCCGAGUCGUCGCUCAAGGAGAAGACGCAGCUGCACUAUACCCUCACGGAGCGUAUCGGAAAAAUGGAGCGCGAGCUCAACGACGCGGUGAGCAAGUACGGCAGCCUAGCCUCGGAGAACAAGAAGCUUGAGGCGCAGGCGUCGUCGCUGCAGGCGCAGAUCAUCGAGGUCACGACCCGGUACGAGAACGCCAGCGAGAAGCUGCGCGAGUCGGAAGGGAACGACGAGGACUUGACCGAGAAGCUGCGCGAGGCCUACGCCGACCACGCCGAGCUCGAGAGGCAGAAUGCCGAGCUGCGCCGCCUGCUCAACAAUACCCGCGAGCAAAUGGACUCGGCUAUUUCCUCGCGUGUCGUGGCCGACCAAGAGCGUGACCAGGCCAUCACCCGCUACGAGGAGAAGGGGAGGGAGAUGCAGAAGACUCUGGAGGAGCGCCAAGAGGCGGCAUCUCGCCACUUUCAUAGCAAUGGGCACUCUUCCGAUGUUCAUCACGCGGUAACUCAGAGUUUCAGCAACGGAAGCGUCAAAAAGAAGGGCAAGAAGCACACCACGCUUGGAACUUGUUUUUGA